AUGAUAUCUGUUGUUAACCGUUCUGUUUGUAGUUCUACUAGACGUUGUCUAAUAAGUUCGAUGAGCUACUCAACCGUCACAUCUUCAUCCUCAUCUUCAUCUUCAUCGAAUGAUUUAUUGACUUGGACUGAGUUUUUCCAAUUGAGAAAGAAGCAGAGAAAGAUCAAUGUUGGUUCUUCAGCUUUCACUGCUUUGGUUGGUGCAAAUGUAUCUUGGGCUUAUUUAUCAACUAUGCAGAUCGAUCCUACCCAAACUAUAUUGGGGUUUGAUCCGCUAGUCGUUAUAUCAGCAGGUUUGAUCGCAUCCGGUACGUUAGGUUACUUAUUUGGCCCAUUGUUAGGUUCUCAAUUGUUUCAAUUGUCAAACAGAAGUAAAUUAACUGCAUUUAAUAAUAAGAAUAAAGAAUUCCUGAAAAAAAUCAUUCAUAACAGAGUUGAUGCUUCUUCACAAAGUUUCAGUAAUCCUGUGCCAGACUAUUAUGGUGAAAAAAUCGGUUCCUUAAAGGAAUAUAGACAAUGGUUAAGAGAUUGUCAUGCAUACAGAAGAAAAGCCAAAGAAUUUUUAUAA